ACAAAUGCGUAAUGUGAGUUUUAAGAGUCCCCACGAAGUAACUUCAAAACUUCAAAUGCGGAGUAUCUCCUCUCACGAGUUUUUUUUUUUUUUUUGCGAAGUCACUUGUGUCUUCUGACCACUUAUUUGGGGGGGCCCAACCGAACAGUUUAAGCUCCCACUCUUGGUGAGAAUCUCCCUUUCUGUUUAUUCGACUGGCUGAAUUGUAUUCACUGCAGUCUGUGUGCCCGCGAUUUGUCUUGCCUUCUUGUUCGCCUCCGCGUUUUUUUGUCCCUUCGCUUGCGUGGCCCACCACAGCGCGAUUGCCCAUUCAAGAGUUGCGACGCGCAACCGUAUAGACGCAACCGCAUAUACAGGCAACCGCAUAUAUAAGCAACCGUUUAUACAGGCAACCGCAUAUAUAGGCAACCGCUUAUAUACGCCACUGCUGUGCUCCCCUGCCCAAUGAAGCGGACCAACCUGAUCGCGCCCCUCUGCAUGUACCUGCUGCUGGGGAGUUGCCUCCUUUGCCUCUGCGGAAAGGUGCGGAAAAACAAACAAGUUCGAAACUUGCUAAAGUCACUAACCGAGAGGGUAGACACAGAUGACGGGGAGAACGAGUAUGCCAGGCUGACCCAAACACCAGUUGUGAGCAUGAGGUUAUCUAAAGUGAAGUUCAAAACGAGCUUGCAAAAUGUACUUGUGGAGCCAUACACAGAAAGGGUUAAAGAUUUUGUAGCGAAAAAUAAUUAUGAAAUAAGGAUGGAACGGGCACUGUUGGAUGAAAUAAAAAACGCUAAUCAGAAUAUGAACCGAAUUGGAGAUGUCCUUUCUGCACGAGGAGGGAAGCAAGGGAAAACUCGUGACAAUCACAUCAUUAUGAGUAGGUAUUUUCACUACUUAAAAGAUAAGGAUGAAGACUUUGGGCUAAGUUUUUUCCCUGUGUACAAGACGUUUAAAUCGAAUGCUUCCCAUUUUGGAGACAAUUUGAGCAGUUCUUUAUACCCACAUGAGCUGCUACAAAUGGGUUCCAUGUCAAGUGAAAGUUUUUUAAAAAAUUCACCUAAGCGGAUUUCCUUCCCAGAAAGGGGGGACUCCUAAGGGGGGGCUGUCCAACGUGGGACGAUCGCUUCUUCUUUUUUUUUUCUACCCAUUGGCGAUGCAGCUACACGCAGGAGGGGUGUCCCCUUUUGAGAUACCUUCCCAUAAGUGCAGGGGACGAUACAGCGUUGCGCUUCUAUCCGUGCGAGGUCAAAAAGGGGGAAGAAUAUUUUGUGAAGAUUUUGCUGCGUUCAUGUGAUGUUCAAUUUGAGUGCCCCUCUGCGAAGCUGCGUCCCCUUUGGUGUAGAUUUCCACUUUUCAUUCUCCCAGGAGUGGAAGUUUCCAGGGGGAAAGGGAUACGCUAGAGCGUAGUGCACGUGUGCAGAUCGACAAGCUCUACACGCGAACGCUUUUUCACUUGAAAAGAUGUGUAACUU